UGUUUGAGCGCACACAGAUUGACAGCAACACGAUUCCUAGAUUACGAAUAAUAGCAAUAAUCUGGAUUUACAUUAGCAUCCGCAUUUAUCACACACGGAGAGGGAGAGUCUGUCUCUUUUAUUUUUGGGUUUUUUUUUUUUUUUUUUGUUUUCCAAUGAAAAUCGGCAAAGUGAUGAAAAGGGGAAGAAAAAGAGAAAUUUUCAGUGUGUGAAAACGCGGAUUUGAAACCCAUGAAUUAGUGGAAGUUGAUGGAGCGAGGCGAAAUCCGGGGUGGAGGUUUCUGAGCGGGGCUCUGCAUGCACGACACUUUGCAAAGGCCUUCUUUAUUCUUCCGUCAGCAUUGGCUGUAUCUGAGCUAGAAGUGGUUGUUUCGGUUGUUAGUAGUAUUAAAGUCAUUGAUUGAAUUGCGUUGUAUGUAAGCUCGUCCGAGAGAGUUCCGUGGGCGAAUUAUACGGAUGGGUUUAUUUGGUGUCGAUGAUUCCUCACAGACGUCCAUUGAGGCUGAGUUGGAGAGUAUUGGGAAGAAUCUUCGCGAGCCGGCCGCCCCUUUAUCGACUAAUGAAUUGCUCGUCUUGCUUGAGAAAGCUGAGUGCCUUUUAUCCCAAGUAUGGCAGCGACCUCCUAUGAGUACUCGUGAUUCGCUUCUUCCAUUAAUGCAAGCACUGAUGGGUGAUGAGAUACUGCAACAUACUGAUAUAUGCAUCCAAAUUGUCGUUGCUUGUUGUUUCAAUGAACUCUCAAGAAUAAGUGCUCCAGACGCACCUUUUCCGGAUGAAAAAAUGAGGGUAUUUUUCCGACUAUUCAUGGUUGUAUUCCAGCAAUUGCCUAACAGGUCUGAGGAAGAUUCUAAUAGAGCUCUGAAGAUUAUUGAAACUAUGGCCAAAGUGAGAUCUGGCUUGAUGCUACUGGACAUAGAUAAAGAGGGGCUGGUUGUUGAGAUGAUCCGUAUUUUUCUCAGUAACAUUAGGCCCCAUCACCCUCAUGAUAUGUUUAAAUACAUGGAAAUGAUCAUGUCAAUGGUGAUAAAUGAAAGUGAUGAUAUUUCAUUUGAACUUCUGAAGCCUCUACUCGAUAGCGUCAAAAGGGACAAUGAGGUCACUUCCAUUAUUUCCUUUGAAUUGGGGAAAAAGAUCUUCAAAAACUGCAGAAUCAAAGUCCAGCCUUUUCUGAAAGAAGCGAUAAAGGGAAUGAAUCUGGACCCUGGCAAUUACGCUGAUAUAAUUGCUUCCCUGGUGUCAGAUCCAGCCGAUGCAGAAAACAUGGUGGCCGAGGUGGCCGAUGCAGUUCCGCAGGCUGCUGAUGACAAUGAAUUGAAGUUAGAUCUUGUCCCUAAGACAGAAAAUGAAGACGAUACUCGGGCCAGUGCUGAGGAUGGAACUGAAGUGGUUGGGGACAUCUCACAGGAGACAUUGGAAGGUUCCCAACAACCUGUGAAAUCAGGAAUUGAUCUAGGUGGUCCUCGAAGGAGAAGGGGUAGAAAACCUAACACUAAGAUAAGGCCAGAAGAAGGUUAUCAGCAUCCCUGGUCUCUUGGAGGCAAGAAUUCUACUGAAGCAAAUUCCAACAGUUAUAAUCAAAUAAAAAAAGAUUUGGCUUCGCCAUCAGAAAUUGUAGACAAAAAUGUGCAAGGUGAAUGUUCAAAGAAAAGUGAUUCUGCUAAAGUAGUUCGUCAUGGCAAGCGAGGUCGGCCAAGAAAGAAAGAGAACAUCAUUAAUGAGUUGAAUGAUCAGGAAAAGCCUAAGGAGAAACAAAUGGAACCUGAAAAAAUCAAGUCUACUAAGAAACAGAAGGACAAGAAAUCUAAAACGCCCCGUGGUCUGUAUGGAGAGAAAUUGAUUAAUCAAAGGAUACAGGUUUGGUGGCCGAUGGAUGAAACCUACUAUACGGGCACUGUGACAGCAUUUGAUCCUGAGACGAAGAUGCACACAAUCCUGUAUGAUGAUGAUGAAACAGAGAUCUUGAAGCUGAAAAAGGAAAAAUGGGCACUGUUUUCUGAUGAGCAUCUGCACCAAGUAAGCUCUUUGAGAGAAGAAGUUAUACAUCCAUCUCCUGCUGUGGAGCCUACUGAGACUGCUGAAAAGAGCAGCAAAGUGAAAGCUGGAAGAUCUAAAAAACAAAUUGCCUCAUCCUCAAAAAAAUCCAAAGGGGAAAACACCAGCCUCGUAGCUGGAGGAAAUUCUGAAUCUGACGGACAAAAUGUUAAGACACCUGAAAAAAUCGUCUCUCAAAAGGAUGUUGAAGGAACUCCAGCAGGCAAGGACAAUUCCAAACAUUGAUGAAGGUUCGCUACAUUUGUCAAUGGAUGAUCAGGGGGUGAAUGGACUGCAGAUUGAUCUGGACUUGAUUGCCUAAUAAUCUGAGUUUUGCCUAAGGAGCUGGGGAGAGGCCAUGUACACUGGUAACAUGUAACCAGAUCAAACCUAUGGGACGAAAUUCAAAAUGUUGUAGUUUAUGAUCCUCUAGUAUUGGCUAUAUAUAUAUUUAUCUAUGGUCCUUGGGAGUUUGCAGACAUAUUAGCAUAUAUAUAUUUGUUGUUGUGGUUGUAUGCUAUGAAGCCUUGGUACAUGGAUUUUAUAGACUUCUAAAUUGGGGAAUCGUCUGUAGUAUAGCGUUCAAUUUUGGGCUGGC